AUGUCGGACAAAAACAGUUUAGAUUUGAGCGACGAUGAAGAAGACGUCGAAGUGGGUGCAAUGAAUGCAAAUGUAGCCCAAGAAAUCAGUGGGACGUUGAGCAAGUGGACCAACUAUAUUCAUGGAUGGCAAGACCGCUACAUUGUUGUCAAAGAUGGGGUAAUGGCAUACUACAAGUCACAGCAAGACACUGGUUAUGGUUGCAGAGGAUCAGUCAGUAUACGCCAAGCCAGUAUUAAGCCCCAUGAAUUUGAUGAGUGCCGCUAUGAUGUCUGUGUCAAUGAUUCUGUUUGGUAUUUGAGAGCUGAAUCCCCUGAAGAAAAACAGAGAUGGCUGACAUUUCUGGAGAGUCACAAAAUGGAGUAUGAAUCCAACAACGGUCAUUUGCGUCGUCAUGGUAGCGCUGUAUCAUUAACUUCAAAUAACUUUUCCACCGCAUCUGCUUCGAGUUUUCGUAAAGGGCGAGGUUUGAGAGAAAAGCUGUCCGAAAUGGAAACCUAUCGCGAUAUCCUUAUAAGACAAGUUGACACCUUGCAAGGUUUCUUUGAUGCUUGUGCGACAGCAGCUGCUUCCAUUCGGGUUCGCGAAGUCAAUGCAAAUGGAAUCGGAAGUGAUUCAGACGACGAAACUUCAAUCGCAGACUUGAAAGCUAUGCGUGCCGAUGUGGUUAAGUUGCCGGAUGAGAUCCUGAUUGAGCGCGGUUCACAGGCCGUGGAUUUCCGCGGAGAAGCGCUGACUUUCAAAGCCACGACGGCGGGUGUACUGGCCCGAUUGCAGCAUUGCCUCGAUCUCUUCAACCAGAGCCAGGACGGUUGGCGAAGACGUCUAGAACGCGAGGUGGAGAAACGUAAAAAAGUGGAGGACCUCUACCGUCAGGCGCUGGAAGAACUGCGGGUAGCUAGCGAAAAUAAACCGCACCAGCAGUUACUUGUGCAAGGAAACGGACAUGGUUUGCCCGUCCAUUAUCAACAGCAGCUGAGUACCGAGUCGAAACGGAUCGUUUUGGUUGGUGGCCCAGAUUACCAAGAGGGCCCUCACAGCACCAUCGGCGAAGAUGAAUUCUACGAUGCCGUUGAAGCAGGUCUCGACAAAAUUGACGAGGAACAACAAUAUUUGGAGAGACUGAAGAACAAACAAGUGGUUCGCUUUGCCAGUCAAGCACCAGCUCACCCUCUAUGGCCAGAGAUUGAAAGAGUCACGCUCGAACAACUACAGUACGCCCGACUGGGAGUGGAAGGUGGCGUGUGGCAACUCUUCGCCGAGGACGGCGAAAUGAAAAUGUACAAACGAGAGGAAGAAGUGGAUGGAUUAGCAGUAGAUCCCCUUAAAGCCGUUCACACCGUCAAGGGUGUCACUGGUCGCGAAAUGACUCACUAUUUCUUCAGCCCCGACGUCCGCUUCGAGUGGGAAACCACACUGGAGCAAAUGAAGGUACUGGAAACCAUCGCCGAUGACACUCUUGUGAUCCUCCAAAUUCAUAAACGAGUUUGGCCAGCUUCCCAGCGUGACGCUCUGUUUUGGUCACACGUUCGACGCGUUCCCAACGAUACCGAUCGCGAUGCCCAAGAUAUCUGGAUCGCCUGCAAUCAUUCAACAGAACACCACGAAGCACCGUCUAACGAGGGGAAAAUGGUGCGUGUUUCCUUGACGGUGUGUCUGGUCUGUCAGACUUCGAUCGAGCCACCAGCUGACGGCGGACCGGUCACGCGUGAUCACCUGACCUGCAAGAUCACUUAUUGCUCGGUAGUUAAUCCGGGUGGUUGGGUGCCCACUUCUGCCUUGCGAGCCGUCUACAAGCGAGAAUAUCCCAAAUUUCUCAAGCGCUUCACGCAAUACGUCAAAGAUCGUUGUGAUAAACAGCCGAUCCUCUUCUAAAUUAACCUUAUCCUUCUAGUUUGACCUGUUGAAAGUUUGGGAACACAACUAGAUAGGGUGGAGGAAAAAAAAAUAGUAUUCAUUAUUCAAGCAUUGCAUUCUGUGUUAUACAAUUCGUGAUUGCACUUCGGCCACCAUUCCAAACUUUUAUUUAAUUUUUAUUGUUAUUUUUGAGGUAUUGGUGCUGAUGGCUCACGAUGUUUCGGCCCACCUGUGUUUGUGACAUCAUCCAAUUUUUCGGACAAUGUCUUAUUUCUUUCUUUCCUUUCUCUCCCAAUAUUUCCAAAUGUUUAUUUCCCAUAGAAUGUUUGUGUAUCUCCUCGGUUGAUUGGAGCCGCAACCCAAAAAAGAAGAAAAGUUACUGGAUGCCUCAAAAGGAAUGAAAAAUCCAAGUGCCUUUGAUGGGGUUCAAAAAGUCUUUUGGUACCGUGUGUGCAUUACUUCGCCGUCCUCUUGGUUACCGUCGCUAUUCAAAAAGCCGCCUUUCCCCUUCUAAAGUUUACUCUUUUCUUUUUUUUUUUCAAUUGCCCUCCACAUUUUCCCUUGUUGUUUACACGUCCACUGUGUGAAAAAACACGGCAAACAUGGCGCAUGGUGAAAGUUAAAUGUCAAACAGUGCGCUUAUAGUCAUGAUUCAGCCACUUGUGUGUAUAUUUAGAGACUGUUAUUGUUUUCGAUUCUUUUCCUUCGGGUAUUGCGCAGAGUUGUUCUGGGCGUUACCCGAGCUUUGAAGCAAUGAUUUGCUGUUUAUUACUUCUUUCGAUCAGUCUGUUCCGGAACAGAAAUCGACCACUCCCGGACGAGAGUAUAAAGGCUCUCGAGAGUAGCAGCGCCUUUCUUUUUCACCCCUUCUCAUCCAGUGUACGUAUUGGCAUCAUCAUCAUUGUUUUUGUUGUUGAUAUCGUCUCGUUUGGGUGUCAGCGAAAGGGAACCUCUCUUUGUGUGACAGUCCUUUCUGUUUUGGCUUCGUUGGCAAAUCCUCUCUCGUUUUGAAUCACAUCGGUUACGCAAACAUUCGCUGUAGUAAGAGAAAAUAUAUAAUAAUUCAUU